UUUUAUUGUAUUUUAUCUGCCUCUCCGACCCGUACUCUCAUAUGAACCCUAUAAGAGUCGUUGAAACUGAUAUAAAUAGAGAAGAUCUGCUUCUUGAGGCGGAUUUAAAUACCAAAAAACGAGGUAAAAAACGGGUAUGGACGGAAGGCUAUGAAUCGGAUUCAUCAGAGGACGAAGAAGUGAUAGAAAAAAAAGAGGGAAAAAGGGGGAUUUUUGAAGGAAAUGAGCGCAUACAAUGCGAGGAAAGGGAGGAAAAUGGAGAAAAUGAGCGCAUAUACUCGGUAAAAAGGGGAGAAAAAGGGAAAAAAACGCGUUUUGUCGAGUUAAAUGAGAUUGAAGGCCAAGAUUUUGAGUCAAAACGAGAAUUUAUAGAUAUUCUUGAUGAAGAAGAUGAUAUAGAAGAUGAAGAUUAUGAUUCGGAACUAGGAGCGAGUGGACGUAAAAAAAAUCCGCCAAAAAUUGAAGCAUUUAAUAUGAAAGCGGAUUUUGAAGAGGGGAGAUUUGAUGAAGAAGGGAAUUAUAUAAGAAAUGCACCAGAUAUCAAUGCAAAACAUGAUAUUUGGCUAGAAGGAAUCAAAAGAGAGGAUAUUAUUAAAGCAAAAAAAGCGAUGGAAAAAAGAGAGGAAGAAGAGAGAAUAUUAGUAGAAAAAAGAGAGGAAUUAUCAUUAGAAAAUAUGUAUGAAAGGUUAUUAAAUUUUCUUGAAGUUGGAGAAACGAUUUUGGAGGCGUUACAGAGGUUAGGAGAAGGAUUAGAGCAAAAAAAACGAUGGACAAAUAAAAAUAAGGAUAAGGAACAUCAGGGAUUAAAAAGCAAUGAAGAAACACAAAAGAAGUAUAGAGAUAUCGAAAAAAUUACGGAAUUAGCGGAUAGAUUGAUGCAAUGUGGACAUAAUGAAAUUUAUGAUUUAACACGUGAAGCAAUUGCUCGUAAUUAUCAAAAAGAAACGGGAAAAGUUUGGAAAAAUUCAAGAAAAGAAGAAGAAGAACCGAAAUAUGAAUAUAAAUGGGAAGGAAAGGAAGAAAUAUAUGGACCUUAUGAAAGAUUUCAAAUAAAGGAAUGGAAUGAUCAAGGAUUUUUUACAGAACAAAAAAUUGAAAUAAGAAAAGUGGGAGAUCAAGUUUUCAAAACAUUGGAAGAUCUUGGAUUCUCGUUUAUACCAUGAAAUACACAAGAUUUUGUGAAUAAAAGAAUGUUUAAGACUGUUUUAU